AACAACAAAAACAACAACAAAAACAAUUUCUCUGCCUAGAGAAAAAAAGCUGUAAAAUGUGCUAAAUAAUUGAGAAAUAGAAUUGAACUGUGAAGAAAAAAGGAACUCUGUCAAAGUAAAAGCAAAGCCGCAGAACUAUGGAUAUGACCAAGGACAUCAUGGACUUUGAAAGGAAGCUCGAGAGCGAGCAGUACGAGCCCAGCGACUACACAAUGGUUAAUGCCGAGCUGCCAAAGCAGCCGGAAGUGCAGCCGGAAACGGAUACGGAAAGGGAAAGGCCCUACGAGACGGUCAACAAAACAUUGGACGAAGCCCCAAACGAGCAGCUGUCGUCCACGGAGCAGCAGGAGCAGCAGCAGGAGCGACAGCAGCAGGAGCAGCGACAGCAGCUGGACGUCAAGCUGGAGGUGGAGGAGCUGGACAAGCCGAGCGUGCUCCAUGAACAGCCGCUGACGCCGCCGCCACGCCCCCUGACCUCCAGCGAGGUGGUGGGCCACAGCGAGCCGCUGGACCCGGAGCUGCGCGUCCAGCUGAGCGCCAAGAAAUCCCGCUCGCUGCCCGUCUCGCCGCAGCCGCUGGUCGCGCACAAUUUGGCGGCCAUCGGGCUCUUUGAAUUUGGACAAACGCGCGCCAAAAUGCUGCAGCAGGAGCAGAAGCCCAAGCUGGGCCAGAAAUUGGCACCAGUCGGAGUUGGCCUGGGCAUGGGCGUGGCAGCUGAGCGCAAGAACUCGCCGGCGGACAAUCAACAGUUCUGCCUGCGCUGGAACAAUUAUCAGUCGAACCUGACGAAUGUCUUCGACGAGCUGCUGCAAAACGAAUCCUUCGUGGACGUGACGCUCGCCUGCGAGGGCCAGUCCAUCAAGGCGCACAAAAUGGUGCUGUCCGCCUGCUCGCCGUACUUUCAGGCUCUGUUCUACGAUAAUCCCUGCCAGCAUCCGAUUAUCAUUAUGCGCGACGUCAACUGGUGCGAUCUGAAGGCUCUGGUCGAGUUCAUGUACAAGGGCGAGAUCAAUGUGUGCCAGGAUCAGAUCAAUCCGCUGCUGAAGGUCGCCGAGACGCUCAAGAUACGCGGCCUGGCCGAGGUGAGCGCCGGCUCGAGCUCGGCCUCGGCCUCGGGAUCGGGGGGCAUUGCGGGCGCCUCGCUGCUGCCGGAGCAGCGCAUGACCGUCUACGACGAGGACGAGGAUGAGGACGAGCUCGCCGCUGCUGCGGCCAUUUUGAGAGCCAGCGAGGAGGAUGACGAGCAUGUGGCGCCCAAACGCGCCCGGCUGCUGGCCAAGCUGCGCGCCGGCGACUCGGCGCUGGAUCUCAAUCUCAAUCAGCGCCAGCGCAAGCGUUCCCGCGACGGCAGCUAUGCCACGCCCAGUCCGCUGCCGCUGCCACUGCGCGCCGAGUCGCCGCAGACGCAGACGCGCACGCCCACCCAGCCGCUGGCCAUGACCACAUCGACAAUUGUGCGCAAUCCGUUCGCAUCGCCCAAUCCGCAAGCGCUGCAGCAGCCCAGCUGUGCCUCCAGCGCGUCCAGCAGCAGCAGCUCGGCCGCCUCCACGGCCGGCAACUCGGCCACAUCCUGCUCCAGUUCCGGCGCCGCUUCGGGCGGCUCCUCGGCUGGCAAUCCAACCUAUCGCAGCUGCUCUCCGGCGCCGCCGCCGCCGCCGCCCACGGCGCACAGCAACGGCUCCGCCGCGGCGCUCAGCUCGCCCACCGGCAAGAACCAAGGCUCAGCUGGCGCUGCGCAGGCGCAGUCGCAGUCGCAGCUGCCGCCACACAUGGCCGCCGCCGUGGCCGCUGCGGCCCAUCAUGCCUCGGCAUCGGCAUCGGCCCCGCCGCCGCCGGCCAGCGCCUCGUCCAUGCACCAUCAUGCGGCUGCCGCCGCCGCCCAACAGCUGGCCGCCCAGCAUCAGCUGGCCCACUCGCACGCGGCCAUGGCCAGCGCUCUGGGCGCCUCUCUCGCCGCAGCCGCAGCUGGCGGCGCCGCUGCGCCGGGCAGCGCAGCCGUUGGGGGCAACAGCGCCUCCUCGGUGGGCGGACAUCACGAUGACAUGGAAAUCAAACCGGAAAUAGCUGAGAUGAUACGCGAAGAGGAGCGGGCCAAAAUGAUUGAGACGAGCGGACACGGCUGGAUGGGCGCACCGGCAACAGGCGCAUCUGUGGCGGCAGACAGCUACCAGUAUCAGUUGCAGUCCAUGUGGCAGAAGUGCUGGAACACUAACCAACAGAAUCUGGUGCAACAGCUGCGCUUUCGCGAACGCGGUCCGCUCAAGUCGUGGCGCCCGGAAGCCAUGGCCGAGGCCAUAUUUAGCGUGCUAAAGGAGGGCCUCUCGCUGUCGCAGGCCGCUCGUAAAUACGAUAUACCCUAUCCGACGUUCGUGCUCUAUGCGAAUCGUGUGCACAACAUGCUGGGCCCCUCUUUGGACGGCGGCACCGAUCCACGGCCCAAGGCACGCGGUCGCCCUCAGCGCAUUCUGCUGGGCAUGUGGCCCGAGGAACUAAUACGCAGCGUCAUCAAGGCCGUCGUCUUUCGGGACUAUCGCGAGAUCAAGGAGGACAUGAGCGCCCAUCAGUAUGCCAAUGGACAAGCGCAUGGUGCACACUUUGGAUCAGGCAACCCGACAGCUGCUGCCAAUGGGUAUCACAGUGCUGCGGUCAAGAUGGCGCCGCCUGACGGCAGCAAUCCGCUGAGCACAAUGACAGAGACGCUGCGCAGGCAGAUACUCUCCCAGCAGCAGCAGCACCAACAGCAGCAGCAGCAGCAGCAACAGCAGCAGCAGCAGCAGUCGCCGCAUGUGCAGUCGAUGAACAUGUACAAAUCGCCUGCCUAUUUGCAGCGCUCCGAGAUCGAGGAUCAGGUGUCGGCGGCGGCGGCGGUGGCAGCGGCGGCCAAGCAUCAGCAGAGCGAGCGCCGCGGCGCCGAAAAUCUGCCCGAUCUGAGCGCCUUGGGGCUGAUGGGCCUGCCCGGCAUGAAUGUGCUGCCCAGCACGCAGCGCGGCACAGCCGGCGGCAACGGCGGCGGCGGCAGCAGCGGUGCCGGCUCCGGUGCCAUGCAUCCCAGUGCGGCCAGCUAUGCGCGCGAGUUGUCGCGCGAGCGGGAGCGCGAGCGUGAGAUGUCGCGGGAUCGCGAGCUAAAGGAGGCAAUGCACGCCCGCCAAUAUGGCAAUCAGUCGCGCGGCUCCAACUCGUCGGCGGGCAACAAGUCGGCGGCUGGGUCGAGUCGGCCGGGCGCCGCAUCGCCCUACUCCGCGCACCACUCGCACGGCCAUUAUGCCAAGCACGCCAAGGAGCAGCCGGGCUAUGCGUACAACAAGCGCUUUCUGGAGAGCCUGCCCGCGGGCAUAGACUUUGAGGCGAUUGCCAACGGGCUGCUGCAGAAGUCAGUGAACAAGAGUCCGCGCUUCGAGGACUUCUUUCCCGGCCAGGACAUGAGCGAACUGUUCGCCGAUGCCGGCGCCGCUGCCGGUGCCGGCUCCGCAGCGGCAGCAGCAGCAGCGGCCGCGGCAGCGGCUGCCUAUGCGCCGGCGGCGGCAAUGCGCGAAUCCCCAUUGAUGAAAAUCAAACUGGAGCAGCAGCAGGCCGCCGAGCUGCCGCACGAGGAUUGAGUGGGAGCGGCGCGGCCGGGCCGCUGGGUUGGCGCUUUUGAAGAGGCCAACGUAAAUAAUACAUUUGGACUGCUAUUUUAAUAUAUGCCCAACGUUUAGUCUUUAAUGGAAAGUGAAGCCAAGUGCUUAAAACGAGUUGCUAAAUCAUUUUUUCAAAUGCUUGGAACUUAAGCUUAAGUCUAGUUAUAAAACGGUACGAGUAUUAACGUUGCCCCACACACACGCACACGCACACGCACACGCACACCCAUACACACACAUGCACUUCAGAACUUUCCUGUAAGGAUAAGAUCUCGCCUAACAAUUAUUUAUUUAUGCAUUUUGUAUGCGCCUUAUUCUUUGCCAAUAUUGAAAAAAUAAAGAAAGAAAAAAAUCGUUUUUUAAUAUAUAUAUAUACAUAUAUAUAUAUGUACUUGCUAUAAUUAACAGUUACAACUAGAGACUUGUGCAUUUCUUAAAUGUAGUUUAGAGUUUAGUUUAGCCACACACCCACAAACACACACGCACACA